AUGGGCCCGGGGCCGACCCCGCGGCCGCUGUCCGUGGCCGCGCGGCUCAGCUACGCCGUGGGCCACUUCCUCAACGACCUGUGCGCGUCCAUGUGGUUCACCUACCUGCUGCUCUACCUGCACUCGGUGCGCGACUACAGCUCGCGCGGCGCCGGCCUGCUGCUGCUGCUCGGCCAGGUGGCCGACGGGCUGUGCACGCCGCUCGUGGGCUACGAGGCCGACCGCGCCGCCGGCCGCUGCGCCCGCUACGGCCCGCGCAAGGCCUGGCACCUGGUCGGCACGGCGUGCGUCCUGCUCUCCUUCCCCUUCAUCUUCAGCCCGUGCCUGGGCUGCGGGCCGGCCACGCCCGAGUGGGCGGCGCUGCUCUACUACGGGCCGUUCAUCGUGGUCUUCCAGUUCGGCUGGGCGGCCACGCAGAUCGCGCACCUGAGCCUCAUCCCCGAGCUGGUGACCAGCGACGCCGAGAAAGUGGAGCUCACGGCGCUCAGGUACGCCUUCACCGUGGUGGCCAACAUUGCCGUCUUCGGCGCCGCCUGGCUCCUGCUGCACCUGCAGGGCGCCGGACAGCCGGGGCCCGCGCCCGGCGGCGGCGUGGGGCCGCAGGACGUGCAGGUGUUCCGGAACCUCUCGCUGCUGGUGGUGGGCGUGGGCGCCGUGUUCUCGCUGCUGUUCCACGUGGGCACGCGGGAGCGGCGUCGGCCCGCGCUGCAGGAGCCCGAGGAGCACAGCCCCCUGCUGGCCGCCCGGCCCCGCGCCGCGCUGCGCUGGACGCACUGGCUCCGCGAGCCGGCCUUCUACCAGGUCGGUCUGUUGUACAUGAGCACCAGGCUGAUCGUGAACCUGUCCCAGACCUACAUGGCCAUGUACCUCACCUACUCCCUGCACCUGCCCAAGAAGUUCAUCGCGACCAUCCCCCUGCUCAUGUACCUGAGCGGCUUCUUCUCCUCUUUCCUCAUGAAGCCAAUCAACAAGUGCAUCGGCCGAAACCUGACCUACUUCCUGGGCCUGCUGACCAUCCUGGCCUUCGCCGCCUGGGUGGCGCUGGCCGGCGCCAUGGGAACGGCCGUGUACGCGGCAGCGGUGCUGCUGGGCGCCGGCUGUGCCACCAUCCUGGUCACCUCGCUGGCCAUGACCGCCGACCUCAUCGGGCCGUACACGCACAGCGGAGCCUUCGUGUACGGAGCCAUGAGCUUCUCAGACAAGGUGGCCAACGGGCUGGCGGUCAUGGCCGUGCAGAGCCUGCACCCCUGCCCCUCCGAGCUCUGCUGCAUGGCCUGCGUGGGCUUCUACCACUGGGUGAUGGUGGCCGUGACCGGCGGCGUGGGCGCGGCGGCCACCCUGUCUCUGUGCAGCCUCUUCAUCUGGCCCAUCCGCCUGCGGAGCCGGGAGCCCGGAGAGCGCCCGUGACCCGGCCGAGCCCUGGCACAGCGCACGGCGUCCACGCACGGCUGCAGGCGCUGUCUCGGGGAUGGGGGGCCCGCGGGCUUCCCCCGGUGCUACCCAGGGCGCCAAUAAAGAGCUGCGCGCGA